CCCUUCUAGCUCUCAGAUCCUGUGAUCCUGUGACCAGGGGCUCCGCUGACUAGGGCUGGGGCUAGAAAUGACAAACAAAGAAGGUGACUUUAACAUUCCCGGAUGCAGGUGAUUCCAUCACCAGGAGGGAGUACCAGAUCCGAGAACCCUUCUCUCACAGGCAUUCAGAAUGGAGAGCCCUUCUCCGGCAUUUCAGAGGACCACAUCAGCUGGCCAGAGGCAUCAAUCACCCAGGCCUCUUGACUCAGCCUUGGCCUCAUCCCCUUCCUUCCGGAGGAUCCCAGCAGGUAUUAGUGCCCUCAAGACAGAGGGGGCCCAAGCCCGGGAGGCUGAGCAGGCUGCGCUGCAGGCAAACCAGGUGCAUCAGGACAACUUGUGGAGGGAGCUGCUGGAGGCUGAGCUCAGGAGCAACAAGCGCUGGAUUGAAAAUUGGAGUUUUUUGAAAGACUAUGAUCCAUUGGGUAACAAAAAAAAGCAUCCAAAACUACCAGAACACAUCUCUUUAUUUUCCGGCACCGUUCCCAGCACCGCUAAUCAAGUCAUUGGCAGCAAGGUGAACACAGAGCUAGGUAAGAAGAUAGCAAGCAUGGAUUUUUUCUUCGCUGAAGGAAACCGUAAGAAGAAACUUAAGGAUGGUUUUCAAUCCACCGAGAAUUCCAAAGAAAUAUUGCAUGUUCUCCCCCAAAGUGUGCAUCAAGCUUAGGAUGAAACAAAUGACCAAAAAAAAUGUUAAUGGAGAACAACACUUUUACCACCAGAUUUGUCAAAGGAUCUAUCAGCCCUACUGAGCUAUAUCAAGGCUCAGCUCCAAGGAAACUCAUGGAAUUGCUUGUAGAACAUUAGAGCUGGCAGGGUCAGAUCAUUGAAUCCAAACCCCUAGUUUUAUUUUUUUUUAACCCUUAGGUUUUUUUGUUUUGUUUUGUUUUGUUUUGU